UCGCUACUUCCGCGACAAGGAUCCCAUAAUGCGAAUCGUCCCGUGGUCGGUGCGCGGCGGGCGCGGCCGAGGCUUUGAAGUCGAGGAGUUCACGCAGGUGUUGGAAGACCAUACAACCACCCUGGGUGAUGUCUGGAACAAGACGACAAGGAAAAACGCCGCCAAAGGAGAGUGCAGGAACAAGGAUAUCGCCAUUAAGUUCGUUUACGACUUCGGAGAUGAAUGGGAGGUCCACAUAUCCAUUGAUUGUACGAAGGACGGUCACUACAUGUUUCAUGGCGAGCCAAGAGAUUAUCCGGAGGUCAUGGUCGCCAAAGGAGCGCCUCCUAUCGAACAUGCAAGCGACCUUCUUCCUGGAGUGCGAGGUUGCAAACAAGAAGAAAGUCUCCCUCUUCUGUUCAAACUGCACUUUCGCCCAUUUGUCGCCGGAAAGGUGGGGUCAGUGACACGCAAGACAGAAUUGGCCAUCUACAACAUCGAAGAGGACGAGGCGUC